GAUGGCUGGUGGCAGCGCUGCAGGUCUUUGCCCCUCGCAUCGGCGUGGGGGCUAGGCGGCGGGGCUGUACGUUAGUGGUGUGGAGCGACUGUUGCGACGCAGCAGGCUUUUACAAUCAAUCGAUAGUUAGGUCAAGCGAAUGCGCUCCCUUAUAAUCGAUACUCAGGCAAAAAGUGGAAAAACAGGAGUAGCCUUUUACCUCCAUCGUGAGGGGCCGAACCUGGGUAAACCCGUGUCCUUCGACCCGCUCAACCCCGACAAGCUAAUCACCGUUUGCGAUGGCCUCACGUCUAAGUCCUCACAUUAGGACAUUUACCGUGACAAAACCACGACACUACCCCUAUGAGCACCUCCGCGAGACUGAACCGGCACAUCAUCUUGAAAUUGAUGAGAUCGUCACAUACACCUUUGUAGUCGACGGGUAACGUCUUCUCCCACUAAAUGCACAUUGCCAAAAAUUCAGAAAAAUGCGAGCAUAAAUGUCAAGUCCGGGACUUGCAACUCUGGUGAGCGGAGGAUGCCACAAUCCUCCUAAUCAUCGAAGCACAGGUUGGUUCGCAACUAAACAUAGUACUCUCUCUCUGUUUCUAAAUAUAACUCUUUUUUAGUAGAGAUUAUAAUAUAGACUACAUACGGAGCAAAAUUUAUAUUUUAAACUAUAUCUAUAUACAUCCGUAUGUAGUCCGUAUUGAAAUAUAAAAAAAGACUUAUAUUUAAAAAAGAAUCAAACAGAGUUUUAUCAACCGAAUGGAGAGGUGGCGCUUAGUUUAUUUAGUAUAUAUACAUAUAUAGGGAGCGCCCGAUCCACUCUGGAGAAGGUUCUGGAGAAAUCGAGCGAGCACCAACCUGCCCGCCCCAACCCUAGACGCCGUCGACCGCCGCCGUCCCCGACGUCGCCGCCGCCGCCGUCCACGACCUCCGCGAGGGAUGGCUCUUGGGCGGCUUGCCUCCAGGGUGCGCGGCUCGGCUCUGCAGGUGCGGGCUGCGGCUCCCCGCGCCUCGCCGCCGGCACCCUGCCCAUGCGUUCGUCCGAUGACCUACAGCAGCAAGCCCGUGCAGGGUGAGCAGCAGGGCAAGGGACCUUCAAGGCCAAUUGACCUCCUGCGUGAGUCCAAAUGGAGGAAUGCCAAGGACGAUGGCGCUGGCAUCCAUACCUCUGCUCCGCGUGUGCCUCAACCUGCGCCCCGCACAACCCCACUGGCCGGUGGUCAGCCCGUGUCCUGCAGGAGCAUAUCAUCGGAGGUUGUGUCUUUUGGUGUGCCUGCUCUUCCUGUGGCACGCCGCUUGUCGCGUCCGGACAUCACUGCUUAUGGACUGACCCCCUUUGGGCCUGGGCAGCAGCGGAGGGGCGUUGCCCAGAUGCCAUUCCAGCCGCUGGACAACAAGACAGCAGCAGCCAAGUAUGAAGAGCUCUCUCCGGAAGGACGCCGCGUGGCAAAUCUGACAAACAUGGUCUUCAACGAGACGGUCAAGAAGAUGAAGGAGAGCAACAGGAAGAGGUUUCAUCGCAUCAACGAGGACGUCCGGAUGCUUGUGGACAAGGUGAGGAUACUCGGGUGGACGACUUCGGCCGUGAUAGGUUUCAUAGGUGUGGGCUUGUACUACCUCUACGUCUUUGUCAAGGGGGUGGUGGAGGAUAUGAGCGACCACUCCGGAGAGAUUGCGUCAGCCCUUUACAAAGGUUAUCUGUAUACUAUCUGGUCACGGCUUGGAGUGAAGUUUGAGUGGAAGGAGAAGUGGAGUAAGAAGAAGCAGGUGGCGGAGAAGAGCGAAGCUCCGGCCAAGAAGUAGGCCAGUGUUCUAAAAAUUGCACAAAGGGUUCUGUUUUUUUGCUGCAAGACUGUGAUGCAUUGGCAGAUUGGGAAGAAAGAGAUGAGCUAGGGUCCCUUUAUCGUUUUGUGCUGCAAAACAGUAGUUAGAUUUUGUUUGUUACCCUGACUGGAUCUGUUUGCUUCUUGGCCUCACCUCACCUGUUUGAUGCCUAUGCCUAAGUGUUUCUUUGUGUUGUUGGACGGAUAUCAACCUGAGUGAGGGCCUUGACUUGUGUAUAAUCUUUAGAUCAACAAACUUGAGGGAGGAGAUUGAGCUGGGUCAUAUGCUGUUGUCGAUUGCAUGAAUGAUACUACUGAUUAUUUCUUCA